UCUCAUUUUAAUGAGGCAAAUUUAGAUGUGCAGAGAAACUCAAGACUGAAGUUUGUUUGUGUUUUUUUGCUUAUUUUCAUCCUUCCUGUACAAAUUUCAACUAGCUCCAGUGAAGGAGGGAACUUCAUGCCCAUUUGAAUUCUGCUGUGGUUUUUGAGGAAUUCUUAAAGGUAAUUGGACUAAUGCUUCAGGUGUGACUGGGUCAUGGAUACAACAACCUCGGGACAAUUCGGAGACGUUAACAGAAAGAUUGUUGUGAAGAGAAGUCCGUGUGUGGAACUCUCGCUUUGUCCAGGUGAAUUCAUUGCUGCUUCAGUAUGCGUCUUUUCCUAGAUCCCACUCCAGGAAUUUUACUACAAUGUGGAAAUGGAUGCUGACCAGCGGUGUCUCGCGCUUGCCCCACUUCGCUUGCUUUCUUCUGUUCUCCCUGGCCUGCUCAGCCUCUGCCAGUUGUCGCGGCGAGCCCGAAGAUGCGCUAACGCUGGAUGCUACAAACUGUUCUUCAAGCCUGGAGCGCCACACACGCAGCUACAACCAUCUGCAAGGCGAUGUGCGGUGGCGGAGACUCUACUCGGCCACAAAGUACUUCCUCAAGAUCGAUAGAGCUGGGAAGGUAAAUGGCACAAGAAAGAAGAACUGCCUGAACAGUAUAAUGGAAAUCAGGUCAGUUAAUGUUGGAGUAGUCGCAAUCAAAGCGGUCAACACUGGCUUUUAUUUAGCCAUGAACAAGAAGGGAAAGCUAUACGGCACGGAAGAGUACAACAACAAUUGUAAGUUUAAGGAAAGGAUAGAAGAGAAUGGUUACAAUACUUACGCCUCUCUGAAGUGGAAGCAUAAAGGGCGGCAAAUGUUCAUCUCAUUAAAUGGGAAAGGAUCCCCUCGCCGGGGACAUAAAACAAGGAGAAAACAUCUCUCAGCUCACUUUCUACCCAUGAUGGUGCCCUAGACACCAGCUUGUGCCCACAUGCCCUGAAUUGUGCAUCAUUACCAAGUCUUGCCAUUUGACGCUGCAAAGAAAAAAAUGCACAUUUCCUUUUUUUAUUAAUCAUGGAUCUCACAUACAGAGCUAUUUUCUCUGCAUAAAGCUUGCGCAAGCAACAGAGCAUUUACUGUUGUAAAUAUAUGUUUUCUUGGGACCAUUUGCAGCACCUCUUCAUCAAUAUAACUGUAGGACUUCUGUAGAGAAAAAGACAACCCUCAGCCACAAUAGACAGAAGAGAAAAAAAGCAGUAGCAUUUAAUAUAACAAUUUGUUUCUUUUUGAAUUAAGGAAACCUGAAAGAAGCUUUUUUUUGGCUUAGAGCAUGAACAAUAACACUGACAAUGCUAUAUGUGUGUCUGGGUUUGGCCGAGGGGCAAGGAUAGAAAGGACAGAAUAACUGUUGAGCAUCUAUACCAAAGUUCGAAAUUGUUGUAAUGCACAGAAGACUAUGCUCUAGUCCAAGAAAGACUGCAUUUGUAAUUUGCACCUGGUUUAGGGAGACUAUGUACAAGCAAACCAUGAAUAGGUAUCUUCCAUAAGUUCCUGACUGCAUGACAACUUUGUAUACACCACGGAAGAUCCACACAUGGGAUGUCUGAACUGAUUUAUAGUGAGCGCUGAAGAGAUGGAUUUGUGACUGUUCUGUUACAGCUCAACUGUGCUGCACAGCAAAUGUUGGACAGGUCGAUGAUGUUGUAGGAAAUGGUCAUAUUUAUGCAAAUAUAAAUCAUGGUGUUAUUUGUAGGUUAAUACAAUCAAACAUUUCAUUGGAAUGGAAUGGAUUUGCCAAACUACCAAUAUCACAUCAGAACAGGGGAAGCUGGCUUUCAUGU